UCGUCGACUCGUCAAGAUGACUGUAACCUACGGUGUAGAAAAGUGUCCCAAAAAGUUCGACGAGUAUCGGUGUAGUCUAUCGGAUAAAUAUAGACAGCUGGCAAAGGAGCAACUACGAGAGGAUGACACACUGCGAAAGCAAGCCUUGGACGCAAUGCGAGCCUGGAUCGCGAAACAUCCCUACAUUCGACGGUGUCGUACCGAUUCACUGUUCCUGUUGAGGUUUCUCAGACAGCGUAAAUUUUCGAUUCCCCUGGCCUGCGAAACCUUGGAACGGUACCUGGCAAUGAGACAGACUUUCCCGCACUGGUUCCAGAACCUGAAUCCAUAUCAGGCCGAUAUGGAAAAUCUGAGACAGAGUGACGUGUUUCAGGCACUCGGUUUCGAUGAAAAAGGUCGCAUGCUGUACCUGAUCAAAUCGAAGAACUUCAACGUGGAGAAGUUCAAUUUAAUCCACCUGAUUCGGUUCCUGCAUAUGAACAUGGAGAUCCUGUCCUGUGACGAGCGUAUCCAGGUGGCCGGAAUAGUGUUAAUUGUAGACUGUUUCGAUACCACGAUGAUGCAUUUCACGUUAUUCAACCUUUCCGACAUGAAGAACAUCAUGCCAUACAUCAACCAUCUCCUUCCGGUGCGCUGCAAAGAAAUACACGUCAUCCGGUUGCCCAAGAUGAGUGUGACCUUGGUUGAUAUUCUGUUCACUUUCGUCAGCCCAAAGCUGAAGCAUCGCUUCUAUUUCCACAAAACGCUUCGAGAUGCCAAAAAGCAUUUGGAUAAAUCACUGCUCCCCGUUGAAUAUGAUGGAACUAACUGCUCGGUUGAACUGUCGACCGGGUUCUACACGCAGGUAUACGACUCCCACGAAGAACUGACCUUACUUGACCAGAUGGAGAUCGAUGUCAGCAAAUACACAACGCUGUGGAACCAAAACCAUCCGGCCAGUGGUUGUGGUAAGGCUAGUGAAAUAGAAAGCGGCAUGGUUGGCAGUUUUAGAAAGCUCAAUAUAGAUUAAAGAUUUAAAGUGUAAUAAUGAAAGCUGGUUAUACGAGCUCGAUCGACCAUCGCGAAUCAUCUAUGACACAGCAGGUAUAGAACCCUAACCGAAACUAACAAGGCGAUUUCGGUUGUCUAGGCAGAGUCUGGUGCGGUUCGAAGAGUGCUGAUUAUUCCAAAAACGUGUUUCUUCUCAUGAAAAUUUAUGAUUUUUCUGUGUUUUGUUUCCCAUCGAACUCGUGUGACGAAAUGCGAUGAAUGGUGAUGAUGGUUGCAGUUUCGUAACUGGUAGGCGACGGCUAAAUGUAAUAUUAAAUCGAUGCUUUGCAAAAUGGCACACUCCUAUUUUUUGUUUGUUUUCAAAACGACUUUCGUAUGCUCAGCACAUCACACUUAUCCUAAGAAAAGAUCAUUUGCGACAUAAACUGAAUUCAUUUAGGAUCACAUUUAUUAUCAUAAGCUAUUUGUAAAGGUUUUCGAGAAAAGGCGUGUGACA